AUGCAGCGCCUUGAUAAAAGAGCGCUGAAUGCGCUGCAGCCGCCCGACUUCAGAAAUGAAAGUUCACUAGCAUCUACCCUGAAAACGCUCCUGUUCUUCACAGCUCUAAUGAUCGCUGUACCUAUUGGGUUAUAUUUCACGACUAAAUCUUAUGUUUUUAAAGGCGCCUUUGGGAUGUCCAAUAGGGACAGCUAUUUUUAUGCUGCUAUUGUUGCGGUGGUCGCCGUCCACGUGGUGUUGGCCCUCUUUGUUUAUGUGGCCUGGAAUGAAGGCUCACGACAGUGGCGUGAAGGCAAACAGGAUUAAAUUGGACAUCACCUUUUGAUAGCAUUAAAUUGAUUUUUA